AUGAGCACCGGAGUCUCCCCGCUUCAUGUGCAUGGCCUCCGCACGCGUCUUAACCAGCUCCGAAUGCCAGAGCUCCGCAAUGUCCUCAUGGACCUCAAUUUGGCCCGCUCUGGGCGGAAACAGGAGCUCGUUGACCGCAUUGCAAACGAGUUGGAGCUCUUUGCCGAUAAAGCUCGAGGUACGACGUCUGCCGCCUUUUAUGCGGAUCGACUAUCAUCUGGCUUGAGGAGUAUCGAGAUGCAGAUGAGGGGCAGGACGAAUUAUACGCCGCAGUCGCAGGCGAUGGUGCCAGGUAGCUACCGGGUGCCACAAGUGCCGGCUCGCUACGCGCCAAUGGUUCCCACCCCGCCACUAGACCGCUCUAUGCCUGUCCCAAUGUACGAAAGAACUGUAGCAGCUUGUGUGCCAAUGAUCUACAGAGCUGUGAACCCUGCACCGGUGAACACAGCGGCGAUCCCGUCUUUAGGUGGCGUGGAUCUAUACAGUCCAACGAAGGCUGCUGCACUUGAUGGUGCGAGAUGUCUAUGUGCAAUUGAAGGAGUGGCUGGAAAGGUGGUCAAGUGCGUGGAUUGUGGCUUGUCUGUACACGCCAAGUGCCAUCAAUUGGUGACGCUGAGCGCCGAGUGGUACUGUGAGAUGUGUCGAGGAAACACCUACGACCCGUUCUACCGGGUUCAAACGACGGUGUUGGAACCAAAUUUCGUGCGUUUUGCAAAGCCCGCAAGCUCCCUUCGACUUGAGUACUACAUCACAGACAGUGACCUGAACAACAUGUACGCGAACCGGGACCCAAAACCGGGUUCGAUGACACCGGGUUCUUUGGAGCUGCAGCUGCGGUGCUUUGCGGUGAAAGAAGAUCUUGCUGCAGGACACUGCUGGCCCCCAUCUACGCAACUCAGUGUGAACGGCUUCUGUGUACCAAUCACACAGCGUGCCCCACCAGGUCAUGCAAACCCUUCGAAAGUUCUGCGAGAGAUACCAGCAAACGUCUUCCAGUACUCACGAGUCGGACGAAACGUGAUUGAAGUUCGGACAACAGAGAAUCCGUCGGUAUUUGGGUUUAUGGUCCAAAUCGUACAGGUGCGCAACAUCGACGAUCUUGUGAAUGAAGUGAAAGAAGCGUCAAAGGGUUUGACGUAUGACCUCGCGAAGCAAGAAGUUAUCAAGUCAUUUGGUAGCGAAGACGAAGACGACGUUGUCGCCACCGUCACGAUGUUGUCUGUUCGCUGUCCACUGGGGCUGUGUGUGAUAAAUCUUCCAGCACGUGGUGUGCACUGUAAACAUUUGCAGUGCUUUGAUCUGAAAACAUUCUUGCUGUUCAGUAAAAAGGCGCGGUCGAAGGCAUGGCGGUGUACAGUGUGUUAUCAAUUUAUAAAGGCUGCAGAUUUGCGUAUUGACCCUUAUUUAAAGCAGCUUCUUGCUGACGUUGAAGGUGAAGAUGAAUUGGAAGAAGUCGAAAUCUUUCCCGAUGGAUCAUGGAAACGGAGGCUAGAGGAAGAAUUGGUGUCUGAACCGUCAGUCAAAAAAGUUAAAAUGGAGCCGACGGAAGUUGCGGCAUUUCCGGCAGAUAUCAACUCGACUGCUGCAGCACCAGCAACAACUAUGGACGCCCCGAUUGGGCCAGCUGUGUCAAAUACAGGGGCACCAGAGGAGAUCGAUUUAUUAUCCAGUGACGAUGAAACUGAGGACGACACAGGACGAAAAAGCACGCCGAGCGCUGCAGCUGUGCCCGUACCUGUACCUACAGCUGCACUUGCGCUUGCACCUGCACUUGUGCCUGCACCUGUGCCAAUCCUAUCGCUUGAUGACGAUAUUGAUAUACUUACCGUGAACAGUGAUGUGUGGGAUACGCCAUCCACACGAACGUCGAGCAACGCAACGAACGACGGCAAUUGCGGUGAAUACUUUCCUUUCCCACUUGAUGAGAAUUUGUUUCCUUCGACUGGUGCAGCAGCCAGCACGGCAAGUGCAAGUACCUCGUCUGCGUGGAUGUACUCGGUGCCAACGAGUACUAUUGUGAACAGUAUGCCCCCGCCAACGUCCACAGUCGUACCAAGCGUGUCACCUCAAGAUGUCUUGAGCCGGGCCGAGCUGAAUUUGGCCAGCUCCAUGGCUUCGUUAUCUCGGAAUCACAACGUCAAUAACCCGUUCGACGAGCGCAAACGACGUCCAGCGCGGCCGCCUUCGAAGCCCACAACGGUGUCAAGAAGUGACAUGGAUAUCAUCUGCUUACUAGACAGCGACAGCGACUGA